UUAAUUAACCCAGAUUUGUACACACAGUCACACAGGUUAUCAAAUAAUACAAUCUGACUCAAUAAAUCGCAAUCUCUUAAAUUCUACAAAUAUGGUUAUUUAUGAACAUGUAUACGAUUAUUCAAUGAUUUUUAUUUCGAUGACAGAGUAAACAUGCCAUCGGAAAUUCAGGAAGAUGAACCAACAAAAUCAGUAGUGAAAAACGAAUCGACUUUUGCCAAAUCAAAUUUGAAAGGAGAUUGGCUGAAUAUUUUUAUUUUAUUUUUGCUUUACAUAAUGCAAGGCUUGCCUUUAGGCAUAGUUAAUGUUAUACCAAUACUUUUACAAAGCAAACGAAAUGUAACUUACAAUGAACAAACUUUGUUUAGUUUAUCUGGAUGGCCGUUUAGCUUGAAAUUAUUAUGGGCACCUUUGGUAGAUGCACUCUACAUACAUAAAAUUGGAAGGCGUAAGUCUUGGCUUAUUCCAGUUCAGUUUUUAAUAGGAAUAUGCUUUUUUUAUUUGGCUGACAAUAUCAAUGACUUGUUGCUAGAAGCGGAAAAACCAAAUGUACUUAAAUUAACGUCCGUGUUUCUCAUAUCUACUUUCUUGGUCGCAACACAAGAUAUAGUAGUUGAUGGCUGGGCAUUGACUUUGCUACAAAAAAACAAUGUAGGUUAUGCAUCUACAUGCGCUUUUGUGGGUCAAUUCACCGGUAUAAUAAUAAGUUCCGUGUCUUUGAUUUUGUUAACCUCAGAAGAUUUUAGCAAUAAAUAUUUAAAGAUAUCACUUGAUGUUGAAGGAAUAGUGACCGUGAAAAAUUUAUUUCUUAUAUGUGGCGUUUUGUUUAUGGUAAUUACAACUUCAAUUGCAAUUUUCAAAAAUGAAAAGGAUACUAGAUUAGAGGAUGAUCAUAUUAAGUUAAAUACAUUUCAAAACUAUAAACUCUUGUGGGACAUUUCAAACUUGCCCUGUAUUAAAAUAUUGGCAAUAGCAAUGUUGACAUCGUUUAUUGGAUUUGCACCAAAUGAUAGCGUGGUGCCUUUGAAACUCAUAGAUGCUGGUGUACCAAAAGACAAUAUUAUGGUUAUACAAACAGGAAUAAACGUUUUAAAAAUAAUAAUUAUGCCAGUGAUUGCAGUAAAAUACACCGCGGGUCCAAAACCAAUGAGCUUAUACCUAAAUGUGAUACCCACAAGAUUACUUUGGAACUUCACAUUUGCUAUACUAAUUUAUUAUACGCCAGAACUAAUAAAAAAUAAUGGUGUCGUAGAUAUUCCUAUGUACUAUUACGUGAUAUUUGUGUUUAUACAAUCAAUAAAUGAUAUCCUUCAUAACAUGAUGACAACUGCUUUAGUAGCUUUUUAUUGUCGGAUAAGCGAUCCUCGUUUUGGCGGUACUUACAUAACAUUAUUGCAUGGUUUUUCAAAUAUAGGAGGUGCAUUCGCAAAAUUUAUUGCAUAUGGCUUGAUUGAUUUAUUAACAUUCAAGGAAUGCUCAUUUGACUCAACGAAUAAUUGUUCUACUUCAGAUCUUCAAAAUGUAUGUAAAUCGAACGGAGGAGAUUGUAUCACAAUAGUGAAUGGCUAUUACGUAGAAUCAAUUGUCUUUACCGUCUUUGAAAUCAUCUGGUAUAUAAUUUUUAAGAAUAAACUCAAACAAUUACAAAAUAAGAGUCCAUCUCAUUGGCUUGUUAAGAUGAACACUCUAGAAUCAAAAAACCACGAAAAUUCUUACACAUUGGAGGAUGUAAAAACAUAAUCAUUUAAAAAAAAAAAUUACUUAUAUAGCAAUUAUAAGUAUACGAAAAAUAAAUUUACAUUGAUGCAAUAUUUAAAUGUUUUAUGUAUAAGAGUUUAAAAUGAUUUUUCUUCGCUAUGCGUAUAUUAUGUGAAACUUAAAAACAUUUAUCGACUUAUUGUAUUAUAUUUUACAUUUGAAUUAUAAUUAAUGAUAAAAUAUGAAUAUGUAUAUUGUAUACCUAACAAAUAUUCCUCGAUGAAGUACGCUUUGAAUACUAAAUGUACAUAUUUCACUAUACCGUAAACCAAAUAAUACUAUAAUGGAAUUCCAUUUACUUAAUCUCUGUGUAUUGAAUUUUUUUUCCUGGUUCAAAAAAAAUGUAAUAUUUAAAAUAUAUUGUUAAGAAAAUUAUACAAUUUCGUGCGUAUGGUCAUAUCUUUAAUGUACUCCACAUUAAAAAUACGUAAUUGCGUAAUACCUACAUUUCUAUAUAAUAAUCAUGUGUAUUUAUUCUAAAUAAAAUAUAAAUGCUUGGUUU